AUGACCCUGAGAAGCAACCGCAAAAGUCCAGCAAAAAGCGCACGAUCCAGGGAUCCACCCCGGUGCGGUGAUGCCCCUCAGGAACCCAAGCCCCACCUCAGAUCCCCCGGCUGCCUCCGCCUCGGCCGCAUGUUCUUCCGCAGCAGCCAAUCAUUUGGCCGUCUUACCUCGGGCCUAACCAGCACCAUUACGCAAGUCCCCCACGCCUCACCAGUCAUCCCAGCUCCGCCACCCUUACGACCCGUUACCCCGCGGGACCGAAACCUUGAGAGGCGAGAGGCGCAAACGUCACCUUAUUUGCACCCAUUCAGCCACCCACCUGUAACUUCUGCGCAAGAACAUCUUCUUGCAAAAGCGUCGACUUUGGACUACUACAAGCAUCAUCACCGCAGAGACCCUCAAGUCUCUUUCCAAUCACCACUACACCUUACACACGUUACAAUCCCAGCAUCACACCUCGCCGAAAUGUGUUCCGCAGACAUCUUCCUCGGCCUCCUGGCCCUCCUCUUCCCGCCUCUCCCAGUCUGGGUAAAGCGCGGCAUUUGCGGCGCAGACUCAAUAAUCAACAUCCUCCUCUGCCUCCUAGGCUACAUCCCAGGCCUCAUCCACGCCUGGUACAUCAUCGCCAAAUUCCCCGAGCCAGACUACGAAUACGAGUCCGUCCCGCAACAGGACCGCGAGGGCGGCCGCGUCACCUACGUCUUUGUCCACGGCAACGGUCCCAACGGAAACGGUCCUCAUACCCAGCAGCCGCGCCAGCAGCCCCGCCCCUCGCAGCACGGCGGCAAGGGUAACGGCGCCGUCGGAUACGGUACCACGAACAAUAGCAGCAACAACAACAACAAUGCUGGCGGUUCGUCGAGACAGCAGCAGCAGCAGUUCUCUGCGCAGCAGCAGGGUGGCGCUGGAGAGGGAAGCAGCGAUGGCGCUGUGCCGCCUAGCUAUGCUGAGGUCGUGGCUGGCGACAAUAAGAUUCAGACUCGGGAUUAG